ACUUUGCUUCCUUCCAGCCCCCAUCCCUUUCCUCCUGGGGGCUAAGGGCUGGCAGCCGGACACAGACAUCCGGGGCCGGCCAGGACUCUGGGGUUCCCACCAGCCUAUCCAGGCCAGCAGAAGGAGAGGUGGCAGAGGACCAGAGCUAGGGAGUCUCCAGCCCGGAGCACCUCCGGGCUCCCUUGCUCUCAGGCAGGGUGGGAAGCUGGGCUGGGCAGCUUUGAGGGCUGUCCUCAAGGGGCUGUCCCUUGGAGGGACCCUUGGUAGCAUCCUAUCCCUCCCCUUCAGAAACUGGGGUGUUUUGAGGCUUGUUGAGUCCCCAGCUGGGGUUCCUCUGCCAGCCUGGGGCACCCUGAUGUAGGGGAGCAGAGUUGUGUGUGGAGGUAAAGAGGAAGGACCAGAGCCAAGUCAGACAGGUUGUCAAUGCCUCUGAGCCUUGGCCUUUCAAUGGGGAUGGAGAUGCCCUUCAAGGUCACAAAGUCCCCCACGUGGGACUUUGCAGUGGGUCCAGGCUGAGGGCAGGAGGGGCUCAAGGCGAAUCUGUCUGUCCCCACUCAGAAUGACUGGCCACCAAGGGACUGAAAGGAGGAAUGAGGGAAAGGCCUCACUAGUCCGACCAGAGUGACCCCGAGGCAAGUCAGAGUCCUCCGCUCCCCGGCUGGCCAUGGCAGGCAGGCAGGGACGUGGGUGGGACCUCUGACCGCUCUCCAGGCCGGAGCGGGUGCCGAGCCCAGCGCAGGGGCCCUGCAGCUUCUAUGACCACAUUUCUAGAGUAUAAUUCAGGACCAGCCAUCUGACGAGCCUGGUCGUGUGAGCCCUUCGAAGGGUUCAAGCGGGAGACUGCCAGCGGCUGCAGGACCAAGGCAUUGGGGGCCGCUCCAGGCUGCGGGGGCGCCCACCGGAGAGGUGGAGCGGAGAGGAUGGAAUGACUGCCCGUCUCCUUCCUCCAGGCCCCCCGCCCCGCCCCGCCCCGCCCAGCUCGCGGGAGGACUGGCCUCGCUCCUGCCCACACCGGACUCUACCUGCCCCUGGGAUUCGGGUGGGGUGGGGGGUACCCGACCGCCAGCGUCGCCUGCUGCGCAAGUGGGGCCUGCGAGCCAACCCCGCCUCCGCCCCUCGAUUGGGCGCGCAUUUAAAUGUCCGGCCCCGCCCCGAGCUCCGGGCGCUUAUAUAUAGGCAGCUCGGCGGGCGGCGGGCGGCAUUCUGGCGCGGAGCGGAGCGGCGGCGGGCGCAGCUAGCGGGUCGGCCGCGGAGCGGAGGUGCAGCUCGGCUUCCCCCGGCACCCCUCCCCCUCGGGCGCCAGCCCCACCCCUCCGCCGGCCGGGCCGACCCCGCCGUACUAUCCCCUGCGGCGCGAGCCCGGGGCGGCUCCAAGCGCCCCCCAGCAGACCCCCGUCAUGGGCAGCCAGAGCUCCAAGGCUCCCCGGGGCGACGUGACCGCCGAGGAGGCAGCAGGCGCUUCCCCCGCGAAGGCCAACGGCCAGGAGAAUGGCCACGUGAAAAGCAAUGGAGACUUAUCCCCCAAGGGUGAAGGGGAGUCGCCCCCUGUGAACGGAACAGAUGAGGCAGCCGGGGCCACUGGCGAUGCCAUCGAGCCAGCACCCCCUAGCCAGGGUGCUGAGGCCAAGGGGGAGGUCCCCCCCAAGGAGACCCCCAAGAAGAAGAAGAAAUUCUCUUUCAAGAAGCCUUUCAAAUUGAGCGGCCUGUCCUUCAAGAGAAAUCGGAAGGAGGGUGGGGGUGAUUCUUCUGCCUCCUCACCCACAGAGGAAGAGCAGGAGCAGGGGGAGAUCGGUGCCUGCAGCGACGAGGGCACUGCUCAGGAAGGGAAGGCCGCAGCCACCCCUGAGAGCCAGGAACCCCAGGCCAAGGGGGCAGAGGCUAGUGCAGCCUCAGAAGAAGAGGCAGGGCCCCAGGCUACAGAGCCAUCCUCUCCCUCGGGGCCGGAGAGUGGCCCUACACCAGCCAGCGCUGAGCAGAAUGAGUAGCUAGGUAGGGGCAGGUGGGUGAUCUCUAAGCUGCAAAAACUGUGCUGUCCUUGUGAGGUCACUGCCUGGACCUGGUGCCCUGGCUGCCUUCCUGUGCCCAGAAAGGAAGGGGCUAUUGCCUCCUCCCAGCCACGUUCCCUUUCCUCCUCUCCCUCCUGUGGAUUCUCCCAUCAGCCAUCUGGUUCUCCUCUUAAGGCCAGUUGAAGAUGGUCCCUUACAGCUUCCCAAGUUAGGUUAGUGAUGUGAAAUGCUCCUGUCCCUGGCCCUACCUCCUUCCCUGUCCCCACCCCUGCAUAAGGCAGUUGUUGGUUUUCUUCCCCAAUUCUUUUCCAAGUAGGUUUUGUUUACCCUACUCCCCAAAUCCCUGAGCCAGAAGUGGGGUGCUUAUACUCCCAAACCUUGAGUGUCCAGCCUUCCCCUGUUGUUUUUAGUCUCUUGUGCUGUGCCUAGUGGCACCUGGGCUGGGGAGGACACUGCCCCAUCUAGGUUUUUAUAAAUGUCUUACUCAAGUUCAAACCUCCAGCUUGUGAAUCAACUGUGUCUCUUUUUUGACUUGGUAAGCAAGUAUUAGGCUUUGGGGUGGGGGGAGGUCUGUAAUGUGAAACAACUUCUUGUUGUCUUGUUUUCUCCCACUGUUGUAAAUAACUUUUAAUGGCCAAACCCCAGAUUUGUACUUUUUUUUUUUUUCUAACUGCUAAAACCAUUCUCUUCCACCUGGUUUUACUGUAACAUUUGGAAAAGGAAUAAAUGUCGUCCCUUUA